CCCUUUUACCUUUAAGGUAGAGCCGGAAAGGGUGUGGAGAGAAGAGGAGGAGGCAGGACCCAGGCCCGCCCAGGCCACGCCCAACCCUGCUCAGGGCCACACCACCCCAGCCAAAAGGCCGGCCCAGAGCAAGGGAGCCGCAGAAUCCAGCAUUGGUCUCAAGGCAGCCAGUUCGCCCGCCUGUCUGUCCAUCCUCGGAGUCAUGGAGAGAGCCAGUCUGAUCCAGAAGGCCAAGUUGGCCGAACAGGCCGAACGCUACGAAGACAUGGCAGCUUUCAUGAAGAGUGCCGUGGAAAAGGGUGAGGAGCUCUCCUGCGAGGAGCGGAACCUGCUCUCCGUGGCCUACAAGAACGUGGUGGGCGGCCAGAGAGCGGCCUGGAGAGUCCUGUCCAGCAUCGAGCAGAAGAGCAACGAGGAGGGGUCUGAAGAGAAGGGCCCCGAGGUGAAAGAGUACCGGGAGAAGGUAGAGACCGAGCUCAGAGGUGUGUGCGAUACCGUGCUAGGCUUGCUGGACUCCCACCUCAUCAAAGGGGCUGGAGAGGCCGAGAGCCGCGUCUUCUACCUGAAGAUGAAGGGUGACUACUACCGCUACCUAGCUGAGGUGGCCACUGGUGAUGACAAGAAGCGCAUCAUCGAUUCUGCCCGGUCCGCCUACCAGGAGGCCAUGGACAUCAGCAAGAAGGAGAUGCCGCCCACCAACCCCAUACGCCUGGGCCUGGCCCUGAACUUUUCCGUCUUCCACUACGAGAUAGCCAACAGCCCCGAGGAGGCCAUCUCACUUGCCAAGACCACCUUCGACGAGGCCAUGGCCGAUCUGCACACCCUCAGUGAGGACUCCUACAAGGACAGCACCCUCAUCAUGCAGCUGCUGAGAGACAACCUGACGCUGUGGACAGCCGACAAUGCUGGGGAAGAGAGUGGCGAGGCUCCAGAGGAGCCCCAGAGCUGAAGCAGCCUACAUCCUCCCUGUCCCGCCUUGCCCUCCAGUCCCCAGCCUGCAGAGAGGACUUACACGGAGUAGGACUCUGCCCCUCCCAAACCCUGAAUGUUUUGCCACACUUGGAAGGCUCCUUGGACGGGGUGCAGCCAAGCUGAGGCCACCAGGGCUGGGGAAAUCUCACUCUUCGUGCAGCUGUGUGGUGGGUGUUCCCAACCCUGGCCACCCCCUGCUCUCUGCACCCCCACUUCCUACCACCACUCCUGAGCCUGUCCUCUGUGCCUUCCUCGGGCACCUGUUGCUUCUGGAUCCUAGGAGUCGAGGAGGCUCCCCACCCCUGUGGCUGAGAACUGGACUGUGGCAAGGGCUGGGUGUGUGUGUGUGAGUGUGUGCGAGUGUGUGUGCGUGAACGAGAGGGAACACGUUUACUGGGUGUGACCAUGUUACCACUCAAUAAAGUUGCCCUGUGACACUC